AAAAAUCAAUCAAAUUCAGCGUUAAAAAACCCUUAUUACUUCGCAUUUGAUUAUAUUCACAAAUUCUCGCACAGUAUCACUUUAAUCCCCAAUCUCAGAGAUAAUGCAAAUAAAGAAUUAAAAGAAAAGACACAUCAGCGGUUUGGCGGGAUCUUGAAGAAGAUGGGAAGUAAUGGUGGCAAGGACAUAAAGAUAUGCGAAAAUGAUGCCGCUGAAUGUUCUGAAACAACUGUUGAAAUAAAUAUCAAGACACUGGAUUCUCAAAUCUACACAUUAAGAGUGAACAAAUGUGUGCCUGUUCCUGAGCUAAAGAAACAGAUUGCUUCUGUAACUGGUGUCUUGUCAGAACAACAGCGCCUAAUAUGCCGUGGAAAAAUUUUGAACGAUGAUCAGCUCCUCUCCGCUUACCAUGUGGAAGAUGGUCACACAUUGCACCUGGUCACGAGACAACCAGUUAUUCCAUCCUCAGACAGCUCACUCAACCAACCAGCAGCUGAUCCCCCAUCCUGUACUGGGCAUAAUCCUAAUAAUCAUUUAAGUACCCGUAUGGUAGUUAGUACCUCCACCAUACCUGAUAACAGAUAUGGACCUUUUUCUGAUCCCAGUUUGAUUGGUGCAGUUUUACGCAUUACUUUCGAACUACAAAGGAUUGGACGCGGUAUUGUAGGGAUUGAUCCUAAUCGUCCUCCUUCAGAACUCCUCUUGACUGCGCCAGGACUCACUGGUCUGAGAAAUUCUAGCAAUCAGCAGCCUGAACAAGCUACUUCAACGUCUGUUCCCUUGGAAUCUCUGGAGCCAUCGGUUAUUCCUGAUUCAUUGACUACUUUGUCUCGAUUUUUGGAUAACUUGAGGCAACGCAAUGGUGGAAGGCGAGGCGCAAAUUCAAGAAAUUCUGGGACUCGUGGGAAUCGUGGAAAUGAUUUAAAUGCUGACAUGCAUUCUAGCGAGCAGAGAAGGCUUCCAACACCAGAAUACUUGGCAGAGUUGAUGCUAUCGAGAAGACAAAUUAUCAUUGAACGAGGCAUUGAGAGCUUAUCGCAACUUGCUAGGCAACUGGAAGGUCAAGCCAGUGUGACUGAUUUAUCAGAGCGGUCCAGAAUUCAAGUUAAUGCUCUAAGAUCGGGAUAUCUUUUUCAAUACUUGGGUGUUUUGCUGCUUGAGCUUGGUCGUAUAAUACUGACUUUGCAGAUGGGUCAAACGCCAACUGAAGUACUGGUGAAUGCGGGACCCUCUGUUUUCUUAUCCUCUCGCAAUCUUAUAAUGGUUCGAAUGCCGCUACCUAAUCGAGCACGAGUAAGAGCAAGAGCAAGAGCAAGAGCAAGAGCAAGGUCAAGGUUUGUUUCAAUUUCUAUUGGAACCGUUCAACUUGGCUCUGGAUUUUCUGGAGGAUCUCCUGCUUCUGGUUCAUUGCAGCGAGCAGAGCCAUCCAGUUCACGUCCUCAAGGGGCAGGUAUUCCAUUGUCUUCCAACAGAAACUCUGAUCAACAAGAUGCCGCAGGACGUAAUCUGAAUUCAUCAACUAGGGAAUCCCAAUCUCGGAAUGUUAGUAGUUCUCAGGAGGGAGCAGCAACAACAGGAAGCGAAGAAGGUAUAUUUUUGUCUAAUGUGUUACGUCAAAUAAUGCCCAUAAUUUCUGAGAACAUUGGAGCCGAGUCAAAUUCGUUAUCCCGCGGACGAGCAAAUCCUGUUGAAAACCAGGUCAGCCUGCAUUUUAUUCUAUUAUAUAUUUCAAAUCUAAAGGUUGAAUUAAGAUACUUUUUCAGUUCAGCCUGGACGAUAAAAUUGUUAUCCUUUUCUCUUAUUUUGUGAGAAAGUAUGAUCAAGUGCAAAUU